CGUGUGGGGUGGGUGUUAGUCCUGGAUUACUGAAGGCAGGUGUAAGGGAGGAUUUUCAAGUUCAGGUUGAGGUUCAUAGGGACCAGGCAUCAGGUAUCUGUCCCCAGGGGUCUUUAGUUGAUCAGGAAUAUGGGUCUUGUGAGGAGGCUGAGUAGUUUGAGCUUGAUCCUGGGAGGUAGGGUUGUUCCUGAAUUCCUUGGAUGAGGAGUGUGUCCCCCCUCUCCUGGGGCCAGUGGGAAGUUGGUUAGCCAUUUUGGGGGAGCAGGUAGGAGGCCCCUGCUGGGUGGCUUGGAUUCUGGGGUGUCAUUUGCUUCAGGGGUUGGGAGUACUGAUGAUGUGGGUGGCUCACAUGUAAGUUUUUCUCUUCCAGACACAGGCCCUCCAGGGCAAUGGCCUGGCCCCUGGCCAGGCCCAUCUACAGCGGUGGACUCUAUGGACGGCCUAGAGGAGGACUUCUUUGGCCUGCACGGCUCUUGGACGGACUCCAUUCACCUAGAGCCUGAUGACGGCGGACAGCAGGAUACGUUGCCCGUUGCUGGUGGUGAGAAAAUACAUGGCAGCCGGACCAGCAUGCACGGACGGCUGCCAUCGUGCAGGAGGGUGUGCAGCGGAGAACGGAGCCGCGCUAGGACGGGCUCCAGGCUGCUAUUGGAGAGUCAUCGGGAAUGCAGGCGGCGGACACUUCUACAGGGGAAGGACAACAGGCAGAAAAAAAGAGGAAGGAAAAGAGACACACAGGGCUGUGUAUGUUACACAUCACAUCGGAGAGAGAAAGCAAAGAACAGGAUGGUCAGGUGGUUUCACAGAGACAUCUCUGGACUAGAGGCUGAGGCCAGACUAAAAGCCCGUGGGGUUCAUGGAAGUUUUCUUGUUCGCCCCAGCAAGAAAAAGCCAGAGGACUUUUCACUGUCUGUUAGAUUACACGACUCAGUAACGCACAUUCGCAUUCAGAACACUGGAGAUUUCUAUGACCUGUAUGGAGGGGAACAAUUUGCAACACUGUCAGAACUUGUGGAAUAUUACAUGGGACAGACCGACUGCCUUCAAGACACUGAUGGAACUCACAUCCUGCUUAAAUAUCCCUUGAAUUGCUCCGACCCAACCAGUGAGCGAUGGUAUCAUGGCUACCUGUCAGGGGCAGACGCAGAGAAGUUGCUACAGGAGAAAGCAGAACUGUGGACUUUCCUGGUAAGGGAAAGCCGCAGUAAGCCGGGAGACUUUGUGAUCUCUGUGCUAACCACAGGAGAGAAGGACGGAAAAUACAGAGUCACUCACAUCAAAAUAUUCUGCCAGGAUGGUAAAUACACUCUUGGAGAUGCAAAGUUUGAUUCUCUCACAGACCUGAUUGAGGAGUACAAGAAAAAACACAUAGAGGAGGUGUCAGGGAAUAAAGUUUACCUAAAGCAGCCAUAUUACUCUACACGCGUCAAUGCAGCAGAUAUACAGAACCGAAUGGUCGAAUUAGAUAAGAAAUCAGAGAGCAGCGAAGCAUCAAAAGCUGGAUUCUGGGAGGAGUUUGAUACCCUACAAAAGAUGGAAUCCAAGCUACUGUACGAGAGGAAAGAGGGUCAGCGACCAGAAAAUAAAAGCAAGAAUCGCUACAAGAACAUUUUGCCUUUUGAUCACACAAGAGUUAAGCUUCAGUGUGGAGUCAAGAACAUUCCCGGCUCUGAUUACAUCAACGCUAACUAUGUGACGAAUCAGCUUUGGGAGGGUGGCCAGCCACUGAAGCACUUCAUAGCAUGUCAGGGAUGUCUGCUGUCCACCACAGGAGACUUCUGGGAAAUGGUCUGGCAGGAGGACAGCCGGGUUAUUGUUAUGACAACCAAGGAGAUAGAAAAGGGCCGGGUAAGAUCCAUAUGUACUUCUGUAUGCAUUAUAUGAAUCUGCCUAUUCACC